CUCGACACCGACAGCAAUAUGUCUGAAAAUCCCGCCGAACAGGUCAAAGAUACCGUCUACGCCGCUGCAUCCAUGCCCGGUGAAUGGGUGCAACAAAAUGUUGUGAAUCCAAUCCAAUCCUACGCAGCUGGGGAGAACACCGAGGAGUCUGGCCAGGCCGAAGUAAAUCUCUCCGAUAAAGAGCAUAAAGAGAUCGACAGUCUAGACAGGGAGAAAAUAGAGGCAUUCCUCCGAGAGAAACAUAAGAGCAAUGCUGGGACGAAGCGGAAGUGAUCGAAGCCGGAUUUCUAUUGAAUGUAUAAUAUAAGUCUUAUGCCACAUCGAUUUGACCGUGGUUUGCAUGAGGAAAUGAAUUU